AUGUGCUGGACGCCCGCCACGGCCGCGUGCUCCUCCACACGCUCAGGGCAGCGCCACGUCGUCUGGGACCCCGUCACGGGUGAGGAGUUCAAGAUCCCCCGCGUGCCGGCCUACGCGCUCGGCUUCAACGCGGCCGUGCUCUGCGCCGCGGUCGGCUGCGACCACCUCGACUGUCAUGGCGGACCCUUCCGUGUCGCCUUCGUGGGAUGCGGCGAACGUGGCAUCACGUUCGCCUGCACCUACCCGUCGGAGGCCGGUGCCUGGAGCCAGCGAGUUGAGAUCGAGCAGCCGGCGUUUGUUGACGGGCGACCGAGCGUCCUUGUGGGGAACACGCUCUACUUCACCUGCGACCCGUACCUCAAUUUCAAAAUGUUGGGGUAUGACAUCGUCAGGCAGGAACUCUCGGUGAUCUGGCCGUCGUCCCAGCACGAAUACUACUCUUGCACCGUCCUCGUGAAAGCGGAGGAUGGCAGGCUGGGGUUCGCCGGCGUGCGGAAUGGCACGCUCUACCUCUGGUCGAUGAAGGAUGGCGCCGACGGAGAGGUGGAAUGGGUGCAGCGCAGAGUUAUCCAGCACAAGACAAUGCUCCGCACUCGUGGCCUCUCGACGCCACCUGAGGUCGUUGGCUUCGCGGACGGCCACGGACUCAUUUUCGUUAGGACAGGCAACACGGUAUUCUCCAUGGAGCUCAAGUCAGGCCAUGUCCGUAAGGUAUACACCUGCAGGUCAAGAAACUACAACGUCAUUGUUGUUCCCUACAUGAGCUUCUGCACUUCAGAUCGUGCUAUGGGCAAACUGCCAUCGCCAUGA